CUGCACAGAGAGACCCUGCCUCAAAAAGAGAAAGAAUAGCCGGACAUGGCAAAGUCCUUCUGCUGUGGAGUGGACGUGACUUGGCGACCGAAUCUAGCAGAGGUACUAACUGAGCAGAGCAGAAAGCUGUCAGGCCCUGCUUGGCGUACUAGGGUGGACUGUGGGCAAGACAGGGACUUGGAGAAGCAUAACACAUUUGCGUAGGGAGGAAAAGCUCCUUUUCUGAGAAGCUGGAUUGUCAAUGCCUCUAUGACAUGCAUAUAUCCAGGUGGGUUGACAGUUUAGAAGCCAAUUGGAUGCACGGGUCUGAAACACAGUCAAAAUUCUGUGGGUUAUUUUAUAUAUAUAUAUACACACACACACACACACACAUACUUGUUGUUUAUAGAUUGCAUUAUAUAAUAAUGACAUCAGUUGUAAAUCAGUUACAAAGUCCAAGUUCUUUAUAAGUCAGUUGUUACUAGGGCCCAUGUCUUAUACAUAAAGCCAACAGAAGAUGCCUGGCUUCUGCAGAGGCUCUUAAAUACAUGAUCAUCUCUGGGUUACAGAAAUCAAAAGUAAAAACAGUAUCUUCCGUAACCAGAAGGACUGUAGCUUCCAGCAUCUAUAAAUAGUUCACUGGGAAAUCUUUUUUCCGAGUAAGCUACCACCUCCUGUUGUCAGUUGUAUUUCUCUUCUCUAUGCAUUCACGAUGUCCUGUAAAAGGAUAACCAAAACCCAACACUUCCUCUCCCUAAAAUCAUUUCCUAUUAUCUCCAAAUCACCACAAAACCUAGAGGAUUAAAUCAACACAGUUUUUUCAUUGUAAUAAUUUCAUGAACUACAAAUCUUGGCUUUGGGGUCUCUCACAAGACUAUAAUCAAGUGUUUGCCAGAAGUAAGGUUCAAAUGGAAAAGGGUUAACUUUACGGCUCAAAGAGGGGAUUUGAGCUUUUUCUUAUUGAACCAAGUGUGUUGUUUUCACUAGCCAUAGGCUGGAGUCUUUCCUCAGGUCCUUCCUUGCCAGUGGGUUUUCCUAAAUUAUAGCUUGCUUUAUCAAAGAGUGCAACUCACAAGUGCUAUGAUGUUCAGCUAGGGAAGCAAAAGCCACAGACCUUUGUAAGGUAAUCAUGAGAAUGGAAUGGCGUGCACAAGUUUCCCUUUAUGCUGCUGGCUAGAUCAACUCACUGAGUCCAGCCCACACUCCAGUGAGAAGAUUGCCCAGGGCAGGGUUAGAUACCAUGGAUACCAUGGAUGCUGAGGCUACUGUUAGACGCCCGUCUACCAGACCACUAAGAUUGAUCAGUAUUAUAAAUGAAAACAAAAGGAAAUAGAACGCCUAACAAAUGUGCAUUUUUUAAUGUGGAGUUAUGCGAUAAUGAUGGACUUCUCUGUGCCUUUUAAUUUCUUGGUUUCUCGGUGAAAGGAACUCAAUCAGCAAUGUUUACUUAGUGCGUUCUCAGAGCUCUGUGAGGUGUGAGCUCAGCAAAUGUUGAUUGACAAAGACAGGACGGCAUAUGGACGAUAAAGUCUGUUUCUGUCUAGAGUUACUUGAAAACUCAAGUGGAGGCUUUUUAAGGUGUGAUUUUAGCAUUGUGCUUCAAAAAUUAUUCUCAAGACUCAUUUCUUUUUGCAAAUACAAAUUUCCCCAACAUCUGCCCAGUCUCAAUCUCAGAGUAUUUUUUAUUUGACUUAUACAUGUAAUACUAUAGACAAGAAUUUCUUGAAGCCUGCCAAAUUUCUGCCUCAGUGGAAAAUACAUAGCUGAUUGUUUCACAGUGUGCCACUAGGCAGGGGUUAUAUGUCACAUCUUUACGAGAGAAUAUAUUCUCUUAAGCUAACUAAUUGCAUUUUAAAAUUAAUUAGUAGAUUUGGAGAGAUGACCUGGUUAAGUGCCUGUGGGCAAACAUGAGGUCUUGGGUUUAGAUCUUCAACGCCCACGUGAAAAGCAGCGUGUUGCAGUACACAUCCCUAACACCUCAGACAAGCAGAUCCCUGCUUACCAACAGCCAGCCUAGCCCAAGGGGUGAGCUUCAAAUUCAGUGGGAGAAUUUGUCUCAAAAAUUAAGAUGUAGAGGGCUACAGAAGUGGCUAGCAGUUAAGAGUACUUCUUGCUCUUCUAGAAGACCUGAGUUCCAAUCCUUACACGGGGCUGUUCGGAGCUGCUCAAGAAGAUCAGAUGCCCUCUUCUGGCUUCUUCAAGCACACACACACACACACACACACACACAAAUACACACACAUCCAUACGCACAUGAACAUAAACAUACAUAAACACCCCCUACACACUCAUAUUUGUUAGUAACUCAACCAUGUUAAACACAAAUAAUCAUGAUUUUCAACCACAUGAAGAUCCAAAAUGAAGUUUCAAAAUGUAAUUUUACCAUUUUUAUAAAUCUUGCUACUAAAAAUAGAAGGAAAACCUCUAUUUUAGUAACAUAUAUAGUCAUAAUCAUGCCACCAAAAAAUGACAUUUAAAUAUGUCCAUGUCUAGAUGUACAUAUCAUAUUGCAUACUUAAAGGUAUAUAUACCACGUAAGGUGGCCUGGACAGCCCCAAAUAUUCAAAAGUCAAAGGUGGAAGGGUUAUGUGAGCUGAUAAACCUGAACCAGUAAAGUUGAGCCCAGUCUGAGGUGCAUAGUGAGAAACUUAUCUCAAAUAUAAAAAAUAAAUGUGUACAUAGCUUUCCCACAAAUGAGAGCACAUUUCAUUUCAUGAUAUAUGAAAAUUUUCUAAAACCAAGACUUCUAGAGCAAGUGAGUCUCGUUGACUUUCUAAACCUAGGCCUUACUAAACUUGGAGGCCUUACUAAGCAAGGCCUUUAACAGUUUUAGCUGCAGACUAAGUGCUAUACAGAGAAUUAAGUCAGCCCUCGACACCUUGUUAAAGUUGUUGCCUCCAAUGGAAUGAUCCAUUAAACUCAUAGGACAGGCAUCUGGUUUGUUUUAAUGUAUUGUUUUAAUUAUUCUCUCACUUCCUGUCCUUCUACAGCUUUUUCUCCUGGGAGGCAACCCUUGUACAUGAGCCAUUCUCCAGUGUAACUGAAUUCCCGGCCUGAAUCAUUAUCUUUCCUUUUGUGGCUGAUGAAUCUAUACCUGGCUUCUCUUAGCAUUUCUCUUUCCUUCUUCCCUCACCACAACUGGUUUCAACAAUGAGUUGGGGGUUUGUUUUGUUUUGUUUUUAAAUGGAUUUUCAAGUUGAGGUUCAGCCCUGGCUGUUUAUAGACUCACAAAGAUCCACCUGCCUCUGCCUCCAUAGCGCUGAGAUUAAAGGUAUGCACUAUAUCCCGAGAGUCCUUUUCACUGUGAAUGAUGGUUUCUUGUACUAAGUGUUGUCCUUCUUAUCUUUCAUUCCUGUUAUUUAUUUUACAAACAUUUGUCAAGCAAGUACUGGUAUACACCGCAUUAGGUAUACACAGCAUUUGCCUACCCACUGACAAUGGUGAGAGAAAAGAAUGCUGUCCUCAGUUCUUUUCUUUCUUUCGCUCUUUCUUUCUUUUUCUUUUACAAAGGCAGAUCCUUGUUAUGCUAAAGAACUUCAUAUUAGUUGUUGAGGAAAACAGAAACUAACAAAAUGCAACAGUAAGGCUUUCUGAAAGUUUACCCUGAUCUAAGCUGAGAUAAAGAGGGAAUAAAACGUAAGAGGGGUGAUCACUUCGGCAGCAUAUGUACUAAAAGUGGAACAAUACAGAGAUUUGCACGGCCUCUGCACAAAUAUGACACACAAAUUUGUGAAACAUUCCAUAUUUUUGUGACUGGGAGCGUGCGGGGCAGGUGGUGGUGGCGGCGGCGGUGAUGGUGAGUGGGAUGAAUAAACUAAAAACAAACAAACAAACAAAAAACAGAUGGCAGUGGCUCGUGCCUUUCAUCCUAACAGAGGUAGUGGAUUGAUGUCAGAGUUCGAGGUCAGCCCAAGUUCCAGGACAGACAGAGCUACACAGAAAAACCCUGUCUCAAAAGACAACAAAAACAAAAACAAAACAAAAGAGGAAAGAAAACGUGCUAUUGAUACCCCAAAAGCUGGAGAAUGGAACAGAGCAUAUCGGAACCCGAGAAUCCUGAAUAAGACAGGAAGCGGCAAGCUGCGAGGAGUGCCGUGACUAUCAACCCAAGUUUGGGUUUUAUCCUAGCAAUGAAUGUGGAGUUCUGGCUGUACCUACAGGCUAUUCCUUUGGGUCUAUACAGGGGCAGGUGUGGUUACCGGACACUAAAAUAAUCAAAGGUGAUGGAGAGGGAAACGAUAGCCUGCAAAUCUUAUUCUGCCCAAACUAACUGGUCUUUUUCGGGACCACCAGUGCACAACACCAACUCUCUGGCGUCCCUGUCACAAAGAGCCAGACUCAAGGCGGGCCCUGCGGGCUUCCCUGACGUCACGAGACUUAAUCUGCCUGGGCGUUUGGAGCAUUUGGUCGCCUGGCAACCGCCGCUGGCUUUGGAGGAGCCUGGCACAAGGACACUGACCAAACCAGUUACAGACCCGACUGGACAGAGCGCUUUUUGAAAGUGGAAGUAAUAUCUAAGCCUGCUUCUGGACAUGCUGUCAAAGUGGAGUUCUCGCUGAGAGUUUGACUUAUGCAGAAACAAUGGUUCGACUGACGGUGGAUUUAAUUGCCAAAAACAGCAAUCUUAAACCCAGAAAAGAAGAGACCCUUGCACAAUGCCUGAAGAAAAUAACACACAUAAAUUUCUCAGACAGAAAUAUAGACUCGAUUGAUGACCUCUCUCUUUGCAGAAACCUGAGUGUUUUAUAUUUAUAUGAUAAUCGCAUUAGUCAAGUCACUAACCUGAAUUACACCACAAAUCUGACCCACUUGUACCUACAGAACAAUUGCAUUUCCUGCAUUGAAAACCUCAGUUCACUAAAGAAAUUGGAAAAACUGUAUCUGGGAGGCAAUUACAUUGCGGUCAUAGAAGGCUUGGAAGGAUUAGAAGAACUAAGAGAGCUUCAUGUUGAAAGUCAGAGGCUCCCUCUAGGCGAAAAGCUUCUGUUUGAUCCAAGAACUCUUCGUUCUCUAGCGAAAUCCCUCUCUACUUUGAAUAUCAGCAACAAUAACAUUGAUGACAUAAAAGACUUAGAGAUCUUGGAGAAUCUUAAUCACCUGAUUGCAGUUGACAACCAGCUGAUGCACGUGAAGGACUUGGAGCUUUUACUGAAAAAACUGAUGAAGCUGUGGAAAAUGGAUCUAAAUGGAAAUCCUGUUUGUCUUAAACCAAAAUACAGGGACAAACUGAUACUGACGUCCAAGUCACUGGAAUUUCUUGAUGGAAAAGAAAUAAAAGAUAUGGAAAGACAAUUCCUAAUGAAUUGGAAAGCAUCCAAAGAUGCCAAGAAAAUCAGCAAGAAAAGGAGGAGCAGAAGUGAGGAUGCAAGCAACUCCUAUAUAAGAGCUGGAAGCAUUCCAGGGCAGCUGUGAGGGAUUGGACCCCGGGCAGGACAGUGGCAGAGACAGCACAGAGGUCUGUCACUCUAGGAGAAGGUUGAAGUGAGGAAGGUGGGGUAGAAAGGCACGGUGGGGGUGGGGGUCUGGUGAACUUGCCAUAUCCUGCCUCUGAGUAGGGACCAUUGGAAAGCACUUAGGAGAGUUUGGGACUUGGUCAGCUGACAGUAUGUCAAUAGUUGACACUGUGCUAGCAAUGCACAUCUCCCAGGGUCUGAAACUUGUAAAGCACAUGGGAGGGAUUUCUUGUUUUUUCUCCUGGCUGUAUUAUUAGAUAUUAAGAAGGCUAAGGCAGAGAGAGUUCAAAUUUGAGGCUGGUCCAGGUAACUUUUCCUGUCUCAAAAUAGGAAAGGGCAUGCCAGCUCAGUGGUAGAACACUGUAUAGCACUCUAGCUCCCCCACCCCCACCCCAGCAUUUUAUGGCUUUCAGUAUCAUACCAAAGCAUCUUAUUAAUAUUGGAAUACACAUAGAAUUAAACACGAAAACUAAGCCUACAGCUGGGAGUGGUGACGCAUGCCUUUAGUCCCAGCACUUGGGAGGCAGAGGCAAGCGAA